ACUUCCAACAACCUUAACCCUAUAUAAGCGAAACGAUGCUGCGGUGCUAAACCAAACAAGAGAAGUAUUGAUUAAUUGAGUAAUUUAAGUUAGUGAUGCACAUGGAGUUUCGAUCAAAGAAGCAAAUAGCCUUCAUCUGUCUGUCCGUAGUAACCUUGUUUAGCCUUCUAGGUCUCUUGUUUGCCGAAAAUAUUGUUGUUGAAGAUGUUCAUGUAGGUGUGAUUCUUGACAUGGGGUCAAGGGAAGGGCAGAUUAUUCUCAGUUGCAUUUCUACGGCCCUGUCUGAUUUUUACCAGCUGCAUAAAAACUACACCACAAGGCUACUUCUACGAACCAAGGAUUCCAAAGGAAAACCUCUACAUGCUCUAUCAGCUGCUCUUAAUCUUUUGGAUAACAUCAAAGUGGAAGCAAUAAUUGGUGCACAAACAAGAAUCGAAGCAAGCCUACUGGCAGAAUUAGCAGAAGAAGUUAAAGUCCCCAUAAUGUCUCUUUCUGGACCGAGUCAUUCUCCACCUAGAAAAUAUCCCUUCUUCGUCGAGAUCACACAGGAUGAAACAUUUCAAGCUGCGGGAAUAAGUGCCCUCAUUGAAGCUUUCAGAUGGAGGGAUGUUAUCCUUUUAUAUGAGAACUUAAAUUAUGGGAGGGACAUCAUUCCAUCUUUGAUCCAUUCCUUACAAGAGGCAAAUGUUAAUGUUGCAUAUAAAAGUUGCAUUUCUGCCUCCUCAACAAACGAACAGAUCAGCGAGGAGCUCCGCAACAUCAUGAAGUUGAGGACUACGGUAUUUGUGGUGCAUUUGUCACACUUGCUCGUUCCUCGCUUUCUCCUAACUGUGAAAGAGUUAGGAAUGAUGAGUGAAGGGUAUGCUUGGAUUAUGACAUCAACUAGCCUUAGUUUCUUGCAUUCCUCCACGGACUCAUCUGUGGUUGAGUCAAUGGAAGGGGUAUUGGGUUUAAAGACUUAUAUUCCAGCAUCAACCCGCCUCCACAAUCUUACUUCAAGAUUGAGGAGGAAGUUUUACACGGAAGAUCAAAAUAUGGAAGUAGGUGAGUUAAGUCCAGAUGAAAUUUGGGCAUAUGAUGCAACUUGGGCUCUAGCAGAAGCAGUAGAGAGGACGAGGACAAAAUAUUCCACAAGACUAUUGAACCUAAUGGAUUCGAAUAAUAUUACCAAACAGGGCCUUAUUCUUCUUCGGGAGAUAUUGCUUACUAGGAUUACAGGUUUAGGUGGAGAAAUUCAAUAUCCAAAUGGGAAGCUAAUUUCAAGUGCAUUUGAGAUUGUAAAUGUGAUAGGAAAAGGGGAGAGAAGGGUUGGAUUUUGGCCUUGUUACAAGACAUUCCACCAAAUUAAUAACAGAAGAAAUUUACUUUCUGCUAACGAUCUGAAGACAAUCAUAUGGCCUGGAGGGUCAUCAACCUUCGUGAAGGGUUCCAAGCUGCAAUUGAGCACUGAAAUAAAACUAAGAGUUGGUGUUCCACCAAGAGCGUUCAAGGACUUUGUGAACGUGGACCAUGAUUUCCAAGCCAAUAGAACAUAUUUCUCAGGGUUCUGUAUAGACGUAUUUGAAGCUGCAGUUAGAGGAUUGCCAUAUAAAGUACAUUAUGAGUUUAUUUCAUUUCAAAAUGCCAGUGGACAUAUGGCCGGGACAUACAACGAUCUUGUCUACCAGGUUUAUCUUCAGAAUUACGAUGCUGUUGUGGGAGAUACGACAAUCACAUCGAACAGAUCUCAGUAUGUUGAUUUUACAAUACCGUACACUGACUUAGGAAAGGGAAUGCUAAUAAAAAAGGGAAAGACAAACAUGUGGAUUUUUUUGAAACCUCUUUCGGGAGACCUUUGGAUAGCAAGUGCCUGUUUUUUUAUCUUAACCGGUUUGGUUGUGUGGGUAAUCGAGCGUCCAGUCAACCAAGAAUUCCAAGGCACGCCAUUGCAGCAAAUUGGAACAAUAUUUUGGUUCUCCUUCUCAACCCUUGUGUUUGCUCAUAGGGAGAAGAUACUAAGCAACUUGGCAAAGUUUGUAGUGAUCAUAUGGGUGUUUGUUGUGCUUAUACUGACUUCCAGUUACACUGCAACAUUAGCAUCAAUGAUGACUGUCAAACAAAUACAGUUAAACCCGGGGAACUAUAUAGGUUAUCAAAUAGAUUCAAUUGAAGAAUAUGUUGAUGCUUUAUCAAGAGGAAGUAAGCAUGGUGGUGUUUCUGCUAUCGUUGACGAGGUUCCAUACAUCAAGGCCUUCCUCGCAAAGUAUUCCGCUGACUACUCAAUGAUUAAGACCGAGUCUAUAACCAAUGGUUUCGGCUUUGUUUUCCCGAAAGGUUCGCAAUUGGUCCAUGACAUGUCAAGGCAAAUUGAAAUUCUAAGAGAAGAAGGAAAACUACUAGAGAUGGAACAAACUUGGUUUAGUAAAACACCUCUUACAUUUGACGACUCGAAUAAUAAUGAUCCGAAUGCUCUGAACUUCAGCUCCUUUCGCGGUUUAUUCCUCGUUACUGGGGUUGCUUCAGCUUUUGCUCUUUCCUUAUUCACUAUUUUCUCACUCAAUGAAAAAUGGCAUGUCCUGGAGAAAUGCAAAUGUCGGAAUCUGGUUCGAGAAAAGCUGCAGUUUGUAACGAAGUGCUUCUCUAACAAAGUCGCCAGUCAUAAUGGAGAAAACUAGUAUUGCACGCGAUGCUAGCUAUAAAAUAUUUGUAGCAACUAGUGGAGUGAAUUCAAAUACAUUGUUGUAUUAACUUACUAAUUGACCAGUUAGGAUUUCAGAGCUCUUAUGAAUUUUUGAAUGGAAUGUAUGUAUGUAUUUUUUAUUUUCA